AUGUUAGAACAGACCUCCUUCUUGGUCACCCAGGAAAACGUCGAUGCUGUGCGCAAACUCAUCAUUGAAGAUAGACAUGUGACAUAUCGCGAGAUUGAGGCGUCCUUGAAGAUCUCAAAGACCUCAAUUCAAAAAAUUUUACAUGAAGAAUUAGGAGUAAGAAAAUUAGUUUCUCGUUGGAUACCCCACCAGUUGACUGAAGAGCAGAAAGCAGCCAGGGUUAAUUGGUGUCAAAAAACGCUUGACCGUUUCAAUUCCGGAAACUCAAAAAAUGUGUACAGCAUUGUUAGUGGUGAAGAAAAGCCAACAAAAGUCAUCCGUUCUCGAAGUGUUUCGAAAAAGAUGGACUCGACAUUUGUGUCAAAAGCGGGUCAUAUUGCAAAAAUUCCUCUUAAUGAGCAAAUAACUGUUACUGCGGAUUGGUAUAUCACCAUUUGUUUGCCAAAAUAUUUAACGGAAGAAAACGUUCCCGAUCUAAGUCCUAACGAUUUCUUUACUUUCCCGAAAAUUAGAAACAAACUGCGUGGUCAAAGGUUCCAGUCACCAGAAGAAGCAGUUGACGCAUUCAAAAAUGCCGUUUUGGAUCUGCCAGCAAACGAGUGGAAUGAGUGCUUCGAAAAUUGGUUCGAGCGCUUGCAGAUGUGUAUUAAUCUUCCCCUUCAACCUGACGAUUUUCCAGCAAGAGUGCGGUUUUGUGAGUGGUUGUUGCAUCAACAUGACAAUAAUCCGGACUUUUUGAAGUGCAUAUUGGUGACAGACGAAUCUACGUUCACGCGUAAUGGGACCAGACAAGCCGACGUCGAGGUAAUGUCGCAGCGCAUCGGCACUCGGUCUUUCUGCACGCCUGUACUGAAGAGAUGUGCAGCUGAGCUUGCGCCAGUUCUUUCGCUAGCGACUUCCUCUCUGAGGAGACACCUGAAGGUUAUCACUGUUUGGGGACGCAAGAAUCUGCUAGGCUAUUUGUUUAGGGAAAAGAAGUACUUUUCUCCUCAUAACCUCAUCAUUCUAUGA